AUGAUGCUGCACAGCACCCGACCGCAAUCUCCCUCUCCCACGCCUUUCCUUGCGCACCACGUGAAUCCUGCUCCUGCGCCGACAACGCAAGAUGACUCCUCGGCUGCUGUUAAGGCCACGAAGCCGUCGCGCAAGAGGAAGGCCCAGUCUCAGGACAACGAGCGUCUCUCCAAACGCCUGAGCCUGCUUAAUCUGGAACAAAAUGGUUCCAAGCUCUAUGUCCCGGUUGAGAAUCCCACCGCCGCCGACAGCAGUGGGCAUCCCGCCGCGCAACUGCAGCCGCGGCCCGAGGCACUCGCACAGCCUCGAGGCAACCCAGAUCAGGAUAGUAUGCAGCUGGACGACUCCAAGUACAAGGUCUACAUCUAUAACAUCGACGACGAGCUCUCCUCAGACGAGAGCGACGCGGAAGAUGGCAAGCUUAUCUUCCUCCCAGACAUUGAGAAGCACCUGAAGCAGAACCGCAUCCCGCCUCACAUCCUCGCCAACAGCGACGGCGAGCUCGCGGGCAUGCAGAUGGUGCUCUACCGCGACCCGCAGUCGUUGACCCUGCCCAAGGAGCAAGACAGCGUCCGCAAGGCCAUUCUGGAGACUCGCCACCGCCUGCGGGAGAAGCAGAGGCAGGAGAGGGAGGGGGCCAGCGCUGCUCCCGUGGCUGCGCAGCCCCUUGGAGAGCAGGCGCUGGUUAAUCCAAUCGCUGCGACAGACGACGAUGAGGUGAUGGACAUAGACUAA